ACGCGAUGGUGAGCCCGUUCCGCUCGAGUCGGCAAAAGCCAUCGCGCGACGUCGCGAGCACGGCGCUCGAGGCCGCUGCGCGGCGCCUCGACGACGUCGCGGCGCGCGAGGAUGCCCUGACGGCGCGGGAGCGCGCGCUCGUGCGCCGCGAGGCCGCGGCGGCGGAGCGCGAGGCGGCCGUCGCGGCGCGCGAGGCGGCGGAGCGCGAGGCGGCCGUCGCGGCGCGCGAGGCGGCGGAGCGCGAGGCGGCCGUCGCGCCGCGCGAGGUCGCCGCGGCGCCGCGCGAGGCGCUCGUCGCCAUGGAGCAGCCGCUGUCCUUCGGCGCGGCGGACGUGAAGCGCGAGAAGGUCAAGGUGCUCCGGAGCGUGCGGCCCCUCGACGCCGAACACGACCUCGUCGUGGGCCAGUUCGACGGCUACGCCGACGACCCGUCCGUGGCCGACAAGGCGACGACGACGGAGACGUUCGCGGCCGCGCGGCUCUACAUCGACAACCCGCGGUGGGCCGGCGUGCCCUUCGUGCUCUCCGCGGGCAAGGCCCUCGAGGAGAAGAAGGUCGAGGUGCGCAUCCGCUUCCACGCCGUCGCCGGCGCCGUCGCCGACGUCGGCGACGCCGCGCCGAACGAGCUCGUCGUCCGCGUGCAGCCCGACGAGUGCAUCUACUGGCGCGUCAUGAACCGCGUGCCCGGCCUCCACACGUCCCUGAAGCUCGAGCCCCGGCGCAUGAACCUGCUCUACACGCCGUCGGAGUCGCGCGACAUGCCCGACGCGUACGAGCGGCUCCUGCUCGAGGUGCUCCGCGGCGAAGAACUCAAAUCUUCAACCCGACUUCAAUGUGCGCGUAUUUGA